GAGACGUCUUCUACCUUCACUCGCGAUUACUCGAACGCGCGGCCAAAAUGAAUGAUAACUUCGGCGGCGGCUCUUUGACAGCACUGCCAGUCAUUGAGACUCAAGCCGGUGACGUCUCUGCGUAUAUUCCAACGAAUGUCAUCUCUAUUACUGACGGACAGAUCUUCUUAGAAACGGAGCUCUUCUACAAAGGCAUUCGUCCGGCCAUUAAUGUGGGUCUGUCUGUGAGUCGUGUGGGUUCUGCCGCUCAGACCAAAGCCAUGAAACAGGUGGCCGGUUCCAUGAAACUAGAGUUGGCUCAGUAUCGAGAAGUGGCGGCUUUCGCUCAGUUCGGUUCAGACUUAGACGCCUCUACACAACAGCUGCUUAAUAGAGGCGUACGUUUGACGGAACUCCUAAAACAGGGCCAAUACGUUCCGAUGCCCAUUGAAGAUCAGGUGGCAGUCAUAUACACCGGAGUUCGUGGAUAUCUGGAUAAAAUGGAU